AUGGCUGACAUCGUGGAACUAAGCAUGGAACAUGCCGUUUCGGCCUUCCUCGUAGCCUUCGCCACUGUCCUCGCCUAUGUGGUCAUCAGGGGCUACCGUGCCCGGCGGUUCUUCUGCCGCCUGCACCAGCAGGGGAUGGUGCGAGAUCUACCACUUGCCCUGUUAAUCGAAGUGCAUAUCCAGCUAACACCCCGCGACGCGGCCCAUGCCGCCGUGGACCCAAUCCUAGGCCACCUGCUCGCGCUACCGCUCAUCAUGAAGACGCUGCCGAGCGACACGCAGCAGCCCGACGCGUUCGAGGCGCUCUGCAAGGCGCACGAGACGGACGACUCCAUCAUCUACGUCGACAUGUGGCCGUUCGCCGACCCGAUGCUGGUCGUGUGCUCGCCGCCGCUGGCCGCGCAGGUGUGCUCGCCGGAGCUCGACCUGCCCAAGCCGCCGAUCCUGCGCCGCUGGAACCCCGCGCAGCAGCUCGCCACCGCCGGCAGCCGCCCCAAGUGCCUCGAUGCAGCGUUCAAGGCCUGA